UUCAAAAAUGGCGAAAAUGAAAGGCUACUACGAAUCACUAAACCCGGAGGAUAAGACCGUUUACAGAGAAAAAUGUGCGUCGAUUGGUUCGGUGGACCCUUAUUUGAUUCCCGUUAAGGAUUACAGCACUGAUAUAAAUUCAUGGCCUUCACUUUCCUACUGUGAUAUCGUGAACUACCUGGUUUUUUCGCCUAUUCCAUUGUACACCAUGGAGGAAAUGAAAGCGUACAAAGGACUCGAGGCACAUAACCAGUUCACAUCCGGGUGGAUCCGCGACGUUUGCGUUGCAUAUCAAGGAGAUGUGGCUGUAAUAGCUGGAAAAGUAUUGCAUUCUCAGAGUAUUGGGCUGCCGCCAACAUGUCCGUGGGUACUGAUGAAGAAGGAUGGGGCAGUCAUCACAGCUAACUGCAACUGCAAAGCUGGUUUGGGAUCAACAUGUACCCAUGUUGCAUCUCUCCUUUUCUACAUAGAAACAUCUAUACGGAUACGUGAUGCCAAGACAGUUACCCAGGAAAAGGCGUAUUGGCUUCUACCUGGAUCAGUGAAGGAUGUAACACCUUCCCCUGUUGCUGACAUUGACUUUACUUCGGCUAAAACCCGAAGGAAUCGUUUAAGCCAAGCAAUUGACAGCCUUGGCGAUGCAGCUAAUUUAACAACAACAACAACACCACUUUUACGUCACUCGAGGGAGAUUACAAAAGCGACAGAUGCUGAGCAACAGUCUUUCCUGGCAUCACUGAAAUCUACUGGAAGGAAGUGUGCAAUAUUGACAAUCUCAGCUCCACACAAUGCCGAUUUUGUCCCAAAAGUGACUUUGUCAACAUUUCCUAAGCCGCUUUCUAGUUUAAAAAGUGAGAACUGCCUAGAAAUGGACCAUAAAGCCCUUACAGAACAUUGCCAAGGGAUCAAUGUAGCUAUCACCAAGCCGGAGGCGGAUGUAAUUGAGAAGGCCACAAAAACACAGGCCAAAUCCAAACUCUGGUAUCGAUACAGAGCUGGACCAUACAUGUCUGGAAUCACGUGA